AUGAUCGUCGAGUUAUUAUCUUUUGGAGGAGACGUACGUGACCGUUACAAAAAUGCGGGACAGAAUGUCACGAAGGUUCGUCGACCUAUGGUAUGCGUGGAAGAAUUCAAGCCGGUGCCAUCUGAAGCCGGUUGCCGCUGCGACGUCACAGAUGUCACCUCUGCGUUUGACCUGUAUAUUCAACGAGUGGCUGGCUGCGCAUUGAAGAAAUUGAUGAGAAAUGUACGUUUCAAGCAACGAGCCUUCAUUCGAUGUGAACGACAUAGAAACACAUGGAGCUGGCGAAGGAUUUGCCAGUUGAACCUUGACUUACAGUCGAUUUACCAGUGA